AGCGCUCGGCCCGGGCGGGCGAGUGGCCGCUGCCCCGGUUCCUCAGCCGUGCCGAGACAGAAAGAACCCUGUCUCUCAGGUGUGCCCAGCUCCCGCCAGGUCUCCGGCCCUGCGGGGCCGCCGGUUGCGGUGGGGGUCGCGCCUCAACCGAGAGGGGCUUCGAAAUGGCGUUCGCCAUUUGCCCUGCAGUCAGUCCUCUGGCGCUCAGAGCCGGGCAGGGGUUGUCACCUCUCUAGCGAGUCGCUGCUGGCAAGGCUUGUCACUGCCGCCGGGCGCCUGUCUCGGCCCCAGCGAAGGCUGCACUCAGCACCGCGGAUUUAGGAGGGGAAGGGAGGCGGCCUCAGGCCCGCUGAGCUGGGUCCUGGACUGCCUUGGGGACACGGCUGGCAGCGCUGUUAGGAGCGCUGCUGCUGAGGCUGUGCAGGUACCCCGCCUCCGAGGGGCGACCAGCUGUACCUGUUUUUCUAAAAUCAUAGGGAAGGAAUGCUCAGGAAAAAAAAUCUCCAUGACUAAAAAUGGCAGAAGAUACUACAAGGCAAGAAGUAGGCGUGAUACGGGAUUCAGGCCCAUCGGGACAAGGCCAUGAAUAACUGAAGAAAAGUUUCUGUUUAUUGCUCAGAGAGACAGUAUCUUUUGCUGGGUUGAGCAUAUGGCUGACAGGAGCUAUGUCAGGAAGCCAUUGUAUGGAUUGUUUCAAUAUAAUGCCAGUAUGAUUGGACUAGAAUCAUUAGCCGAUCCCUCAGAUACCUGGGAAAUUAUAGAGACUAUUGGGAAAGGCACUUAUGGUAAAGUCUAUAAGGUUGCUAAUAAGAAAGAUGGAAGCUUGGCAGCAGUAAAGAUUCUGGAUCCUGUCAAUGAUGUAGAUGAAGAAAUUGAAGCUGAAUAUAAUAUUUUGCAGUUUCUUCCCAAUCAUCCUAAUGUUGUUAGAUUUUAUGGGAUGUUUUACAAAGCAGAUCAAUAUGUGGGAGGACAGCUCUGGCUAGUACUUGAGCUGUGCAAUGGAGGUUCUGUCACAGAGCUUGUCAAGGGCCUGCUGAAGUGCGGCCGAAGGUUGGAUGAAGCUAUAAUCUCAUACAUCUUAUAUGGUGCUCUCUUGGGCCUUCAGCAUUUACACAAUAACCGGAUCAUUCAUCGUGAUGUGAAAGGGAACAACAUUCUUCUGACAACAGAAGGUGGAGUCAAGCUCGUUGACUUUGGUGUUUCAGCCCAGCUCACCAGCACACGACUGCGCAGAAACACCUCAGUGGGAACACCCUUUUGGAUGGCACCUGAGGUCAUUGCUUGUGAACAGCAGUACGACUACUCAUAUGAUGCUCGAUGUGACGUAUGGUCCUUGGGAAUAACAGCUAUUGAACUGGGGGAUGGAGACCCUCCUUUAUUUGACAUGCAUCCGGUGAAAACCCUUUUUAAAAUUCCAAGAAAUCCUCCACCUACUUUAUUACAUCCUGAGAAAUGGUGCAGAGGAUUCAACCAUUUCAUUUCACAGUGUCUAAUCAAAGAUUUUGAACAGCGUCCUUCAGUCACUCAUCUUUUGGAACAUCCGUUUAUUAAACAAGUACAUGGUAAAGAUAUGUCUUUGCAAAAACAGCUGGCUGAGCUCAUCCAAGAACAACAGCAGCUAGGCUCCAUAGCCAAAACAAGGCAUGAACGAAUACAUACUAGAAGACCUUUCCACGUGGACAGAGCUGACAAGUACUCUCUAGAUGACGAUCUGGUAAAUCUAGAAGUUCUCAAUGAGGAUACAAUUAUCCAUCAACUGCAAAAACGUUAUGCUGACUUACAGAUUUAUACUUAUGUUGGAGACAUUUUAAUAGCCUUGAACCCCUUCCAGAAUCUCAGCAUUUAUUCUCCCCAGUUCUCCAAGCUUUACCAUGGUGUGAAGCGUUCAUCAAACCCCCCCCACAUAUUUGCCUCUGCAGAUGCUGCCUACCAAAGCAUGGUUACAUUCAGCAAGGAUCAGUGCAUUAUCAUCAGUGGGGAAAGUGGUGCUGGAAAGACAGAAAGUGCCCAUCUGAUCGUCCAACAUUUGACCUUCUUGGGAAAGGCCAAUAACCGUGCUUUGCGUGAGAAAAUUCUUCAGGUGAAUCCUCUGGUUGAAGCAUUUGGAAAUGCCUGCACUGCCAUCAAUGACAACUCAAGUCGCUUUGGAAAAUAUCUGGAAAUGAUGUUUACACCUACAGGAGCCGUAAUGGGGGCAAAGAUUUCUGAAUAUCUACUUGAAAAAUCAAGGGUCAUAAAACAGGCUGUGGGAGAAAAAAAUUUCCAUAUAUUUUAUUAUAUAUAUGCUGGCCUUUAUCAUCAGAAGAAACUUUCUGAAUACAGACUUCCUGAUAAAAAGCCUCCUAGAUACAUUGAUAAUGAAACUGGAAGAGUAAUGCAUGAUAUUGUUACUAAAGAUUCCUAUGGAAGACAAUUUGAUGCAAUUCAACAUUGUUUUAGAAUUAUAGGAUUUACUGAUGAGGAAGUGUAUUCAGUGUACAGAAUACUGACUGGAAUCUUAAAUACUGGAAACAUUGAGUUUGCUGCUAUUUCUUCACAACACCAAACAGAUAAAAGUGAGGUUCCUAACCCAGAAGCCUUAGAUAAUGCUGCUGCACUACUAAGCAUUGGGUCAGAAGAACUUCAAGAAGCCCUAACCUCCCACUGCGUUGUAACACGGGGGGAGACAAUUAUCCGAACAAACACUGUGGACAAAGCAGUGGACGUGCGAGAUGCCAUGUCAAAAGCACUUUAUGGCCGGCUCUUCAGCUGGAUUGUAAAUCGUAUUAAUACGCUGCUUCAGCCAGAUAAAAAUAUAUGCAAUGCUGAAAGUGGGAUGAAUGUUGGGAUACUAGACAUAUUUGGAUUUGAGAACUUCGCAAGAAAUUCUUUUGAACAGCUAUGCAUAAACAUUGCUAAUGAACAGAUCCAGUUUUAUUUCAAUCAACAUAUCUUUGCACUGGAGCAGAUGGAAUAUCAGAGUGAGGGAAUUGAUGCCACUACAGUGGAGUAUGAGGACAACCGUCCACUUCUAGAUAUGUUCCUUCAGAAGCCUAUGGGUCUCCUGUCUCUGCUGGACGAAGAAAGUCGAUUUCCUCAGGCAACAGACCUCACUUUAGUUGAUAAAUUUGAAGAUAACUUACGGUGCAAAUACUUUUGGAGACCAAAAGGAGUGGAACUUUCAUUUGGUAUUCAGCACUAUGCUGGAAAGGUAUUAUAUGACGCCUCUGCAUUCCUUGAGAAGAACAGGGACACUCUUCCUGCUGACAUAGUGGUGGUGUUGCGAACUUCAGAGAACAAACUUCUUCAGCAGCUGUUCUCUAGCCCAUUAACAAAAACAGGUAAUUUGGCACAAGCAAGAGCGAGAGUGACAGCAGCAUCUCGGUCUUUGCCUCCGCAGCUCAGUGCUGGGCGUAUCAAGGUUGACACAAUGGAGGUCAUGCGGCAUCCUGAGGAAACAACUAACAUGAAGCGACAAACUAUGGCUUCCUAUUUUAGGUAUUCCCUCAUGGAUCUUUUAUCCAAAAUGGUUGUUGGACAACCUCACUUUAUCCGCUGCAUUAAACCUAACGAUGAUCGAGAAGCACUGAUGUUUUCUCAUGAGAGAGUUCUGCUGCAGCUACGAUACACUGGAAUUCUGGAAACUGUCAAAAUACGUCAAAAAGGGUAUUCACAUCGCAUCCUCUUUGAAGAGUUUGUAAAAAGGUAUUACUACCUUGCAUUCAAAGCACACGAGACUCCCCUUGGUAGCAGAGAAAACUGUCUUGCCAUUUUGGAGAAAUCUAAACUAGACAACUGGAUUCUUGGGAAAACCAAGGUUUUUCUAAAGUAUUACCAUAUAGAGCAGUUAAAUCUGUUCCUGCGAGAAGUUAUAGGAAGGGUGGUGGUCAUGCAAGCUUAUAUCAAGGGAUGGCUUGGAGCAAGGAGGUACAAGAAAGUCAAAGAUAAAAGAGAAAAUAGUGCUAUUACUAUACAGUCUGCCUGGAGAGGAUAUGAAGCUCGCAGGAAGUACAAGGAAAUAAGGAACAGAAGAACUGAUGCUGCUAUACAUAUUCAGGCAGCUUUUAGGGGAUAUAUUGUUCGUAAAAACUACACAAGAUUGAAAAGCAGCACUGAGUGUGUAGCAGAUCCUCAGCUUACAAGCAGCUGCUCUACUUCCGAUUUUGGCUGUGAAGAAGACUGGCAGCAAACCAGUAACCAGUCUUCUCCCAUGGUGCCUGAUUUUCUUGACAAACAAACUAAAAAGAAUAAUUUGGAUGAGAUUUCUGCUUCUCCAUUUAUUCUAAAACAUUCAUUUGAAAUGAAUGAUUCACAAUCAAUUAGCCAAUCCCAGACAGUUGCAGACCAUCAGUUGUCGAGUCUCUUGACAUCCUGUAAAAAAGAAGGUUCAGAAAACUGUCUUGAACAGAAGCUGAGAACACCUCGUCGACGAUGUCAGCAGCCCAAAAUGCUGAAUAGCCCUGAGGAUAACAUGUACUAUAACCAGUUAAAUGGAACUCUAGAAUAUCAAGGGAGCAAGAGGAAGCCAAGAAAACUUGGCCAAAUCAAGGUACUGGAUGGAGAGGAUGAGUAUUAUGAAUCAUUGUCUGCUGUUGAAUCUACUGAAGAUGACAGUUUUCUCAGCUCUCCAUCUCCUCCUUCAAGAGAUGUGUCUUUUGCUCAAAGCUGAACCUCAUUCAAUCUGUUGACUAAUACUGGUAAGAGUGUUUUCCUGCUGAUAAGCUCUUCCAGUUAACUUUGUUUAUGUGUGUUUAUAUAAUAUAUUAAAAAUACCAUGUUAGCUAGUUACUUAAGUUCACUGAUUUAGACCUGGGUUUGCAGCUGUACACUGUCACAUUUAGCUGUAUUCCUAUAAACAACUGCAGUAAAGGGGAACAGCACUACCUGUAUGUGUUGAUGUUGAUAAUGGACACAUUUCUUUAGCAGCAAGGUUAGUUUAUCCAAUUCUGACCCCUUCUUUCCUGCUUCCCCCUCCCCCAGCUGCUGUUCCCACCCUGUGCCAUCCCUUCUGUUGUGCUGGCACAACUGCUGGUAGAGCUGUGUGAAAAGUAAGAUCGAGGAACUGAACUGGAUUAAAAGAACACUGUACUAAAAAAUUUAAUUUGGGGUCAUAGUGAAAAUGUUUUGUAUUUCAUUAGACUGUUAUUAAACAUUGUCCUUUAUAACUUUCUCUGCUGUGUAUGGCUUUUAACACUAGAAAAAUGUCAAAGAGUAAAAGAAUUUAAAAUAUAAUUGUGUCUCAGUUUACCUUGAAAAUAGUUUUCUUAUACCGUAUUAGUUUACCAUAAGUCUAACUCAAGGAAUUUCAAUAUAUAUAUUUCAAAUAUAAGAAGUAAAACAGUUUUAAGGCUAACGUUUCACACACUGCUUCAUAUUGUCCUUGUGACUGAAACCGUCAUUAUGACCAGUUAUUCUUGUUAUCCAUGAAAAUAUUUAAUUUAUUCCUUAAGCUGUAUGUCUGGGCUCCAAUGACUCCUACAUUUCCACAGACCUCUUAUAUGUAGCAGAGGGGGGAAAAAGUCACCUGCAAAUUCUUCACUUUCUUUGAAAAACCUUAAUGGAACAUUAUGUGACUUUCUAUGGAAUACUGAGAUUCUUUGACAGUUACUGUUUCCAUGGCAGAAGCCAACUAUUUCACCUUACUCUUUUAUUUCUGGUUCAGAAACACAAUUUUGAUCUGUGACCAUUCUUUGCUUCUUUUCCAGACAAGCUCUUGUCAAAAACUUUUGGAAAUAAAAUGUUCGC